AUGGGUGACGUGUUGCUAUUAUUUGAAAAUGAAUUAUCGAUGAUUGGUGAAUUAAUCUUGAAAUCAUUCCAAAUAUUCAGAAAUGAAGAUAUACAACAAAUCUUGGAAUAUUGUUUGGUUCAAAUCCUCAUGCCUGAAAAAGGUCUAAAAAAUUUAACCAUUUUAGAAUUCUUUCGCAAUCAUGAUGAUAAUAGUAAUAGAUUUAUAAGAUUAUUUUCGUUGAAUUUAAGUGUUUAUUCCUGGAUAUUCAAAAAAUUCGAAUCUGACUCUAGAGUUACGUCGAGAUGUUUCGAUGAAAUUCUAUUGGCUAGAUAUUAUAUGGACUCCCAAUCAAUACUCACACAUAUUAAGAUGGAACAAGAUGAAUCAUUAAAAACCAUUUUUGAGACUUUCGAUAAACUGUGCAAACAAUUCUUCUUCUCAGAAAUUCCCUAUAAAACCUACCAUUUGAAAUAUCUGAUUAAAUCGGAUGAAUCUGUUUUGUUGAAUCGAUUUUUCCGGAAAUUUCUACCAAAAUUAUUUAAAAUUAAGAAAAACAGCAAGACUUUAAUAUUUAACACCGAGUCACAAGUUAAUUGGUAUGAAAAAUUGUCCAAAGUAAAAAGUCAUUUGGAAUAUUAUAAUGAUAAUAAUAAUUUAUUUAAAAGUCAAUUUAAUCAAUUUGGUGAAAAAUUAAGUAAAAUGAAAAUUCUUAGUGAACUUCCUCCUUUUUCUAAUUGUUCGAGCAUUAAACGUCCAGUUAAUGGUGAAUCUAAUUUUAAACAAGCCAAUAAAAAGAAAAUCAAAAUUACUUGA